AUGGAAGUAGAACUUACUUUUGAUGCAGUGAAUUCUUGUAACUUUGCGAGAAAGCGGCAAGCGGCUCAGGAGAGCUGUUCAGAAACACAAUCGAAGGUAAACAUUGAUGGAUACUUACAACACGUGUUUUGAGAAUCUUUUUUCUGUUUUAAUCUACUUUCGCUUUCAACGUACUUUACGAAUUAUUUUGAAGUUAUAGUCGUCCCAGAUUUCCAUGAAAAAUGCCAUAAUAUUGCAUAUUAUUAACAAUAUGAAAAUAAUUAAGUCACUUAUUCAGUUAUUCCUCCGAGGGGAUUUUCCUUCGAGCCCAAAAAUUGAUUAUUACUCUUACAGGAAAAUCGAUCGAAGGAGACCGACAGACUUCAAAGGACCAAAACCUUUAAACCCUAAGGAUAACCAGCAUCUAACUUCUCGUUAAAGUGAUACUGCUUAAAAGGUCAAUAAGAUCUUGACAAUAAAGGAAAUGGUCGCCAACCUACGAUCAGAAGCUUUGAUUGUUAAACAAAUUUCCCUUGUCAGUACCAAAGAAAAUAUAAAUACUGAGAAUAUAAAUACUGAUGUUAGAGUGUAAAGAGUUGAUCGAUUCACAACCACCGUAAAAAUAUAAUUUGUCUCUGCCAUAUCUAUAGAAGCGACCAUGUCUCGAAGACUGUUGCUGGAGUUUGGAUAAAGCUUGCAAUGAGGGAUCAGAGAACAGAUCCUUAAGUUGCACAAUGCCCAUGGUUUUAACACAUCAACGACCAGAUAAUAAUUGUCCAUCAUCAUCUGACCCUUACACUACUUCAUUCACUGGACACAGCUACAAGGACAUUAACUGUAACAUACUGAAUCAAGAGAAUCAGUCGCAGGAAAUGGACAUUUCAUGUGAUACAACAACAAGUAGAGCACUCCAUCAGCAGACCUUUUCUGUGAGUUAAUUUGUGUUUUUGAAGGACGAAUAUGCUCUAGAAACCAUGAAAGAGUAUAUAUUGUGUACCUAUUGACUUAGGUUGGGCAAAGUCUCUGUCAUGUUGUGCAGUCUGAGCUAUGCUCAGUGCAUGCGUCAUGACCCUUCAGUAAAAUAUUUUUCAGUAAGUCAAUAAGCAAUUUAUCAUAACACUGCAACUCUGUUUCUUUCUUCCUCUUCUCUUUUGUUAUUCUUCUCACAGAGCUAUAUGCUAGACAGAACAGCUUUUCCUGACCUCCUUGUGCCAUCAUGGAAAGCUCUCAUAGAGAGAUUUGUUUAUGAUGUUUUUCAAUAAAGAGUGUGUGCAUUUUUCCCUACAAGCAGUGAAAGAAAUUUAUCCUGAUAUACAUGAAACAAUGGCUUCAUUUUUUGCACUUCUCUGGCAGGUCCCACCCAUCAUAGCUCAGUAUUAUUCAUCUUCAGCAUCCUGCUUUCGCUGCUUGAGAGGAGAAGCGGUAGGUCUUUUUAAGUUUGAUUUCCAUGCUAUGAUGACCACUUUCCGAUCAAAAACUGAAGGCAUUACAUUUACUGAGCAAAUGACAUCAGCUGUUUUCAUUAAAACCUUGCACAGUUAUUCUGCAGUAAGAAAUGAUGUUAUCUUUAACCAAUUAGAGUAAACAGAUCUCUUUAAUUGCAUGAUGAAUUAUCCUAGUACUAAAUGUCAGUUUUAAAGAACAUUUUGGAAGUUUUUCAAGAUGAGAAAGUUGUAAAUGAACAUUUUAUCCUGGGAUGCCCAUUCUAGUUCCUUUUUUAUAAAGUCAGUAUUGCCUCAUCCAGCAAUGUAUUCUUCAAAGAACACCUCUCACCCCAAAGACAAAUUUUUCCUUUCUUCUGUGCCAUUCCCAAUUGAUAACUAGUAUUUUUUUAUUUUUUAACAGGGACACAUGAACCACCUGACCAGUUGA